AUGGAAAUAUCCGCCGAAGUUGUAUGGCCCUCCGCUCCUUUGACCCUUUCUCUCGUCCACAACGCUCUCAAUGCCCUUGACAUUCAAAUCACUGAUUCACCCUCAAAGUUCUUUCUCCAGUGGUCUACCUACGAUUCCCUCGACCAUGAGCGUGCCCAUUUCAACCGCUCUACUGUCUUAUCCUCAAGCUACACCUUUCGCAAAAGUCUGAUUCGAAAGCAUUUCCUUUCCAGAGCGAUCUACGCAUAUCUCAAGAAGAAUCCAAAAUCUUUGUUAUCUAACGCCGCUCCCAAAACAUACGAGAUCGAAUUGUCUUUUGCUGACGAGCUCGAUGAAAUGUGGACCGAUGAACUCUGGGAUCUGGGGGCCGAACUCGAAAACCGUUCUUGGUGGAUUUUGAAACCGGGAAUGGCUGACCGAGGAAUGGGAAUCAGGAUAUUCAACAGCAAAGACGAUUUGCAACAUAUUUUCGAGAAUUUUGAAUCCCAGGAUACCGAUGACGAAGACGGUUCUGAGGAAGAAGAUGCCAGUGGAACAGCCGUAGUAACUUCUCAACUACGCCAUUUUGUCAUCCAGGAGUAUAUUUUGAACCCUCUGUUGCUAGACCCAUCUGAAUUUCAUCUAAGAGUUUAUUGCGUCGCCGUAGGAGCUCUGAAAGUGUAUGCGUACAAUCGCAUUCUUGCCCUCUUUUCCGCUGUUCCCUACAAGCCCCCUCAAGCCGUGCCUUCAGUUGAGGGAGAUCAUUCAUCAGUAGAUCUGGCCUCUCACCUGACGAACACCUCCCUUCAAGUCAACGGCGGCGAGCAGAGUGAGGGAGAUCCACUGUUUACCACAGCAAAUUUCGAAGACAUUGUACAAAACCUUGGCAAGGUUUUGGCAGAGACCUUCAAAGCAGCAUUAGGAAAUCCAGUGCAUUUUCAGCCACUUCCGAACGCAUUUGAGCUAUAUGGUGUCGAUUUCCUCGUCAGCCAUACUCCAUUCGAAACGUCCUCCCCACUCCAAGUAAAGAUAUUAGAGAUCAAUGCUGAGCCUGCUAUCGAGUUAACUGGGGCGCGUUUGACUUGGAUUUUGGAAGACCUUUUUGUGGCGAUUGGGAAACUAUGUGUAGAGCCAUUCUUUAGUGAAGGUAAGUCGGAUGAUGAAUGGAGGGUGGGAGAUGUCCGUCAUAACCUUGUAAAGUGUCUGGAUGAGGAAGUGAGAAAAUAG